GCAUUAGCUUUGUAUGUUGGAUUAACGUUACUGUCUUUUUCCAACGUAGCCAGCAGCCAGCUUCGGGUGUAGCCUAUUCCCAUCCAACCACAGUUGCUAGCUACACUGUGCACCAGGCUCCCGUUGCUGCGCACACUGUCACUGCAGCCUAUGCUCCGGCAGCAGCCACGGUGGCCGUGGCCAGGCCUGCGCCGGUAGCUGUGGCAGCUGCUGCUACAGCUGCUGCCUACGGAGGAUAUCCCACAGCACACACAGCUACAGAUUAUGGAUACACACAACGGCAGCAAGAAGCUCCACCGCCACCACCUCCUGUCACUACGCAGAAUUACCAGGAUUCAUACUCUUAUGUUCGAUCUACUGCCCCAGCUGUAGCUUAUGACAGUAAGCAAUAUUAUCAGCAGCCCGCAGCCGUGGCUGCUGCUGCCCAGCCUCAGCCUUCAGUAGCUGAAUCCUACUACCAGACAGCUCCGAAAGCAGGAUAUAGCCAAGGGGCAACUCAGUACACCCAAGCCCAGCAAACACGACAAGUGACAGCUAUAAAACCUGCAACCCCAAGUCCAGCAACGACUACAUUUUCCAUAUAUCCAGUGUCCUCGACUGUGCAGCCAGUGGCAGCUGCAGCUACUGUUGUUCCAUCCUACACUCAAAGUGCAACAUACAGUACAACAGCAGUUACUUACUCUGGUACCUCUUAUUCUGGCUAUGAAGCCGCAGUGUAUUCAGCUGCAUCGUCCUAUUACCAACAGCAGCAGCAGCAACAGAAACAGGCUGCGGCGGCAGCUGCUGCUGCUGCUGCAACAGCUGCUUGGACAGGGACCACCUUUACUAAAAAGGCACCAUUCCAAAAUAAGCAACUGAAACCAAAACAACCUCCCAAACCGCCCCAGAUCCACUACUGUGAUGUUUGCAAGAUCAGCUGUGCUGGACCACAGACUUAUAAAGAACACUUAGAAGGCCAGAAACACAAAAAGAAAGAAGCAGCAUUAAAAGCUUCCCAGAACACCAAUAACAACAGUACUUCUGCUCGUGGAACUCAGAAUCAGUUGCGCUGUGAGCUCUGUGAUGUGUCUUGUACAGGAGCGGAUGCUUACGCUGCUCAUAUCCGUGGAGCCAAGCAUCAGAAAGUAGUAAAGCUGCACACAAAACUUGGCAAACCCAUUCCUUCAACUGAACCAAAUGUGGUUACCCAAGCUACUUCCUCAACUUCCACAUCUGCUUCCAAACCAACUGCCUCUGCUUCAAAUAUAGCAACUAGCAGCAGCACGGUGAACUCCUCUGUUGCAUCCUCUGCAGUGAAAAUUCUCACUCCCACGACAAACGCACCAGUUAACACUGCGUCCAACAACAAAACAUCUUCAACUGCUGCUAAUGUAGCUGUAAAGAAAAUAUCUACACCGAAAAUAAACUUUGUUGGUGGCAAUAAACUUCAGACAACAGGAAGUAAAAGUUUUAAAACAACUCCUGCUGCCACAGCGCAAACACAGGAAGUAAAACCAGAUACAACAGCUGAACCAGUGACUCCUACAACUCUUGCUGCCUUGCAAAGCGAUGUCCAGCCAGUGGGCCAUGACUAUGUGGAGGAGGUAAGGAAUGAUGAAGGAAAGGUGAUUCGCUUUCACUGUAAACUCUGCGAAUGCAGUUUCAAUGAUCCCAAUGCUAAGGAGAUGCACUUAAAAGGGAGGAGGCACAGACUUCAGUACAAGAAAAAAGUAAACCCAGACUUACAAGUAGAAGUAAAGCCCAGUAUUCGAGCAAGAAAAAUUCAAGAAGAGAAGAUGAGGAAACAGAUGCAGAAAGAAGAAUACUGGAGAAGGCGAGAGGAGGAGGAACGUUGGAGGAUGGAAAUGAGGCGAUACGAAGAGGAUAUGUACUGGCGGAGAAUGGAGGAAGAGCAACACCACUGGGAUGACCGUCGCAGA